CCAUGGUGAAGGACAAGACCGAGAACCGGACGCUUCAAUACCAGCAAACUUUGAUGUAUGGGCGCUACACCCAGGAGCUGGGUGUUUACGCCAAGGAGGAAGCUGCUCGCCUACGGGAUGGUGGCGUACGGAAUGGCGGAGGAUUGCGGCGGAACACCAGCGUCCGGAGUCGCACUGUGGACUUGCAGGAGUACGGGAAAGACCCGUGUGCAAAGUGCCAGUUGUGUGCAUCUCGCUGCCAGAAGUUCCUGAUCUCGCGGGUGGGAGAGGACUGGAUCUUCCUCAUCCUGCUGGGGCUGCUCAUGGCGCUGGUCAGCUGGGUCAUGGACUACGCCAUCGCCUUCUGCCAAGAAGCACAGAAGUGGAUGUAUGGCGGCCUGGACAGUAACAUGUUCCUGCAGUACAUCGCUUGGGUCACCUAUCCUGUGGUGCUCAUCACAUUCUCUGCAGGAUUCACACAGAUACUGGCUCCUCAGGCCGUGGGCUCGGGCAUUCCGGAGAUGAAGACAAUUCUGAGGGGAGUCGUCCUCAAGGAGUAUUUGACUUUUAAGACGUUUGUGGCCAAAGUCAUCGGCCUGACCUGCGCCCUGGGCAGCGGGAUGCCUCUGGGGAAGGAGGGACCUUUCGUCCAUGUCGCCAGCCUGUGUGCCGCCCUGCUGAGCAAAUUCACGGCAGCUCUUUUUGGCGGAAUCUGCAUGGAAGAGCACUUUGAGGGAAACAAGAACGAGUUGAGGAACACCGAAAUGCUGUCGGCUGCCUGCGCGGUGGGUGUGGGCUGCUGCUUUGCUGCCCCCAUUGGAGGAGUGUUGUUCAGCAUCGAGGUCACGUCCACCUUUUUCGCUGUGAGGAACUACUGGAGGGGCUUCUUCGCUGCUACCUUCAGUGCCUUCAUCUUUCGAGUGCUGGCUGUGUGGAACCAGGAGGAAGAGACCAUCACUGCUCUUUUCAAGACCCGCUUCCGUCUGGACUUCCCCUUCGACCUUCAGGAGCUGCCGGCAUUCGCCAUCCUUGGGAUUGCCUGCGGUUUUGGCGGCGCCCUCUUUGUGUACUUGAAUCGUCUCAUUGUGGAGUGCAUGAGGAAGCAGAAGACCAUUAACAAGCUCUUGUUGAGGAACCCCUCUCUCCCUGUCAGGCGCCUGGUGUACCCGGCGCUCGUCACCCUGCUGAUCUCCACCCUCACGUUCCCCCCGGGCUUCGGGCAGUUCAUGGCGGGUCAGCUGACGCAGCACGAGUCUCUGGUGGCGCUGUUUGACAACCGCACGUGGUGCCGUCAGGGCGUGGCCGAGGAGUUCGACUAUGUCAGCCACCACCACCACGGUUGGAAGCACCCCCAGGUCAACGUCUUCAUCACGCUCAUCCUCUUUAUCGUCAUGAAGUUCUGGAUGUCAGCCGUGGCCACCACCAUGCCCGUUCCAUGCGGGGCCUUCAUGCCGGUUUUCCUCAUUGGUGCUGCAUUUGGCAGGCUUGUUGGAGAGGUCAUGGCUACCAUGUUUCCUGACGGUAUACAUGCUGACGGCAGCGUGUAUCCCAUAGUUCCCGGCGGUUACGCAGUCGUGGGUGCGGCGGCGCUGUCCGGGGCUGUCACCCACACCGUGUCCACAGCGGUCAUUGUCUUCGAGCUGACCGGUCAGAUCUCGCACAUCCUGCCUGUGAUGAUCGCGGUGAUCCUGGCCAACGCCGUGGCCCAGUCGCUCCAGCCGUCGCUGUACGACUCCAUCAUCCGCAUCAAGAAGCUGCCCUAUCUUCCAGAGCUGGGCAUGGGGCAUCACGAGAAGUAUAAUAUCCGCGUGGAGGACAUCAUGGUGCGGGAUGUGCGCUACAUCACGCUGACCUCUUCCUACCGGGAGCUGCAGGAGAUGCUGCUGACUGGUCAGCUUAAGACGCUCGCACUUGUUGAAUCCAGAGACUCCAUGAUCCUGCUGGGCUCCAUUGAGAAGCUGCAGCUGCAGUCUCUGCUCUCGCUCCAGCUGGCCCGCCAGCGCCGCCUGGAAUACCUGCACCAACUGGCCCUGGACAGCGACGCCAACGAACACCUGCCCAGCCUGACCAGCGACAGCACUCCCACUUCUCCCUGCAGCCGUGCCGCCACCAACGCUCAUCAAGGGGUCCGCUUCCUGGUGAGCACCCAACAGAUCUCCACCGAGGAGUCUUCCUCCUUCAGCCCAGCAGUGGUCUCCAACAGCCAGCAGCUGCCUCUCAAAUCGGCUCUGAAAAGCGUGUCCGCAAUCAGCAACGCUGACACGCCAAACAGCUCCCAGACGCUCUCCUGCGCCGAGCAAGACAAUGAGCUGCUGGAGAGCCCAGCUGCCCCCUCUGCGAGAAGGAAGCCCAAACGAGUGAGGAUCUCCAUGGCGGACUCGACUGAAGUAGAAGAUGGGAUGACGCCGACCGAGAUCGCCGAGUGGGAGGAGCAGCAGCUGGACGAGCCGGUGGAUUUUAAGAACUGCAAGAUCGACCCAGCGCCCUUCCAGCUGGUGGAGCAAACGUCCCUGCAUAAGACUCACACCAUCUUUUCCCUGCUGGGCCUGGACCACGCCUAUGUGACCAGCAUGGGCCGCCUGGUGGGCGUCGUCUCCCUCAAAGAGUUGCGUAAGGCCAUCGAAGGCUCCGUGACGGUGACCGGCGUGAAAGUGCGCCCCCCGUUGGCCAGUUUCCGUGACAGCGGCAACACCACCAGCGUCUCUGAGGUGACGGAACUCCACAAGCUGUGUAUCCGCCACAGGGGGCUCUCGCUGCCGCAGGGACUCAAGCCUCCUGACGUGGAGGACCAGCCGGACGUGGCGUCGGACUCGAGCGGUCUGCAGUUUGAAGGCACGCCGCACACGUUGUCGCAGCUGGCGCUCCAGGAAAGUCCCUCCUUCACGGAGGAGCUGUCAGAAUUCACGUUCGACUGCAGCCCCUCCCACACCGAGGAGUCCGAGCUGAUCUGUGACUGUGACCCCGCUGACCCCGACCAAGCGGAGCAAGAAAGUGGGAGUCCACCUCUGAGCAGGAACCAAUCAGAACAGGAGGAAGCAGCAAAGGACCAAUCAGAGGGAUGAAUGUUCUUGACGUUGCCUUGUCGAAGCACCACUCUUAUCUUUCAUUGUCUACCCAAAUCCAUCCAUUUUCUACCGCUUGUCCCUCUCGGGGGGUGCUGGAGCCUAUACCAGCAGGAAGGCAGGGUACACCCUGGACAAGUUGCCACCUCAUCCCAGGGCCAACACAGGUAGACAACAUUCACACACUAGGGCCAAUCAGCCUAUCGCCAGCUGAGUGUUGAUCAUGAGCAUGUGUGUGCACUCCAGGCCAAAAGGGGGCGGUGUUUUAUCACAGUGAGGUUUACUCACCGCACAUUGGAUUGUAUAGUGACACUUUGAGUCGCGCAAUCCAAAACACAAAUAUCACAAAUGUUUAAAUUAUAGCACCAAAAUCAGGAUAAUUGGACAAAAAUGAUUCUCGUUAUCAACAAUGAUGUGGAGUGCAUGAGAAAGUAGGAGCCACAGGGUCGUAAACCCUGUGAUGCAUGAAUUAUGAUAACCAGCUUCAGCAUCCCCCCAAGUGUUUUUAUCACUCUCCAAGCAUGAAUGUUCUAAGACAUAUUUUUUUGUAUUAAAUGUCCACUAGGGUGGAUUUGUAAACACUAUUUACAAGGGCAUACAUCAAUGAAUGGCAGUAGGGUAGGGCCAGGACAAAAAGUCCUCAAGGAGAACCUUCGAGUAGAUUCAGGACUUUUUUGGUACAUUGUUGCUCUUUUUUGGCCUUAACUUCGGUUGUGUUGCUCCGAAUGGAAUUAUUUUUUUCUAAGAGAGUGGUGCAAAUCAUUUAACGUGGCCCGCCACGUUAUUAAAGUGGCCCGCCAUGUCAUUCAAUGUGGUCUGCCACAUCAUUUAAUGUAGUUGGCCACAUCAAAUAAUGUGGCCCUAAAAAAAACAAGUUUGACACCCCAGAUGUAUAGAACAUUUGGAUAUAUAUUUAUUUCUACUUUUUUGCACAAAUCUCUUAGCUUCAGUCCUAAAUCAAACUAGCAAACAUGUCAUGUUUUUUGUUUUAUUUUAACCCCUUGAAUGCCCAUUUGAUCAAUUUUUAUUUUUUUUUAAAUGCAUAA